AACAUGGCGUCCAGAGAGAGAGGGGUGCAGGGAGAAAGUGAUUACCAUGCUGAAGAACAGGCCCUUCAAGGCCGAAUUAUGGCCUUGCAGAAGCUUGGUAAUGAAGACCAAGAUAUGUUCCGGCCUUCCUUUGCCGACCACCCAAAGAUCGGAUUCUUCAGCCAAGACAGAAACGUCCAAACGGAAAACACUGAGAUAGUGGAAGUGAAAGAGUUAACAGAGGUCGUGCAGAGUUUAUUACAAGACACUCAGGACUUAAAGCGAGACCUCCGCUUCACGAGACAUUCCUUACAGUCGGAUUAUGAAUCGAAAGUUCAACAAAAAGCUAUUGAUCUAUAUUGCCGGAUUAACGACAAUGUCGCUGACCUGGAGAAGAUCCAUGAGGAUCGCGUGAAUGUAAUUAGGAGAGCAUUCCGCCAACAACUUGCAGACGCAUUGAUCAGAGUGAACCAAACUCAUGCAAAAGUUUUGAAGAAUAAGUUACAGUCGGCGAAUAAGAGGCACGGUGAUGACGCUGGGAAGUUUGAGGAGAAAUACGUGGAAUUGCUGGCGCAGCUUCAGAGGAACGAGUCAACGAUCGCCAUGUUGGAGGCGCAGAUUGACCAGUUGCAGGAUCAGGGGGAUCCGGGUCCGUCGGAAGCUGAAGAGGCGCUGACGCAGGAAUUGGAAGACAUCAGUCUCAAAGCUAAGAAGAUGCAGAAGAAGAUCGAUCGGUUGGAAGAGGCGCUAGAAAUCAAAGAAGACGAGAUACAGCAGAAAACGGCUGAACUGACCUCUUUAACAGACAAGUUUGAAAAGGAAGCGGCGUUGGCAAUGAAGCUGCGUCAAGAGAAUGAAGAAAUGAAAGACUCAAUAGAGCAAGACAAGGCCACACAGAAGCGACAAGUACAAUUCUCUUUACCGCAACCGUCCCCGGACAAUGUGUCGGUUAGUAGUUAUGAAAACCUCGGCCCGGAGCAGCAGGAGGCCGAGAAUGACAAGUUGAUGGAAGGCCAGCGUCUCGCACACGAGAAAGAACUCGACGAGAAGAUGAAGUCGAUGAAAGACGAAAUCAUCGCUACAGCAAACAGGGAGACCGAGAUGCUGCUUCAGGACGAGCGGGAGCGGUACACAAGGCUGAUGGAACAGAAACGCGCCCUCGAUGAGACGUUAGCAAAGGAACGAGCGGCAAACGCGGAGAAGAGCCUCGAGAUGUUAGAUAUGGAAAAAAUGCGGCGAAGUGAGCUGAGGCUUCAGGCGGAGGUGCUCAGAUUAAAGCGAGAAAUCGACAAAGUCAACCGAACGUGGGAAAAGAAGUUUGCAAUUUUACAACAAAGUUUACACGCACUUAAAGAUGAGAGCUUCUUACGCCAGACACUUCAACGACAAGCGGCCCAGCUUCACCAGGCGUCCAUUACCUAUGCUACUGACACUCCUUUGGGUAUUCUGCCAGCUGCUAAUAAACAUUCGUCCACUUCUGUACCCAGGAAACCACUGCCGAAUAUUCCACCGAAGUCAACUGCUGAGAAGGAUUACAUGUCAUACACAGUGUCGGCCCCUAGUGGACGCGGGACAGGACUUUUCUCGCUCGACGAAAACCAAGUGAUGUCAGAUGACAAUGAGGAGGACAUCCCAGAGGGCACUGUACCACUUCCAACACCACCAACAAGGACCAUGACCGAAUGCGGUGAAGUAGCGAGUCGACCAUCAACGAGUUCGAAAUCUCACGUCGUCGUUCUACCAUCCGUACACGCUCAAUAACAUUGCGAUCAAAGACACUAUGGACUCUUCAAUUGGACUAUGACUCUUCAAUUGGACUAUGACUCUUCAAUUGGACUAUGACUCUUCAAUUGGACUACGACUCUUCAAUUGGACUAUGACUCUUCAAUUGGACUAUAACUCUUCAUUGCACGAAAGUCCAGGAACGAAUGCCAUACUUUAUGCUUGUUCCUAGUCCUAUUGACAAAUUCCAACGCGCAGUUUGUGGAUAUCCGGUUUGUUAAAUUCUCAGUCUCAGGAUGCGUUGAGUGUUCAUGACAGAGGGAUUGACCUUUUAUUGAUGUUGAUGUUGAGAGAACUGGAUUGCUGCAGUUUCUUCUAAUACAGACACUUCGUUGUACAACACAAGGCUUGGAGUAAAACAUUGUCCAGAAACGCCCAGAUGGGUCAGUUUUAAAUUUUUCUAUGUGCUGUUGAAAUCUUUGUUCUGAAGUUGUUCUGGGAUUCAAAGUUUACAACAUUGAAUCUUGGUUUGGCGCGAUUCUUAAUCUAGAGUUGAUCUCGCACAUCUUGUGUUAACCCUGUAUAAAAUCAUUCCGUCCAUAAUGUGUACUGUAAAGUCAGUCGGGUACCGUCACAGGUUAUAAAGAGGUAUUGCACCUCUCUUCUUACGGAAUAAUUAUAUGGAUUUGAAUAUAAUUUACUUCAGAAGAGAUGCGAGAAAGUCAUGACCGCCCCUGGCUGAUUUUACAGUACUUUUUAUACAAUUUAAAAAGUUUAUAUUGUGAUAAGUUUGUAUGAAUUCAUUCUAUCCUAGUACAGUAAAGUUAGUCAGGUGCCAUCACAAUUUUAGGUGGUUUAUCACCUCCCUUUUAAAUGGAAUAGUUACGGAUAAGAAUAUAUACCAGUAUUACAAAAAAAACGCUAGAAGGAUAUGACAGUUCCUAGCUGAUUAUACAAUACCAUCUAAUACACAUGUUAAAAUAUUGAUAUUUUCUAUGUAAUCAUUCCGCCCAUCAACUGUAAACUCAGUCAGGUCCACCUUCUAAUAAUGUAAUGAUAUGGAUCAGCUCCUGACUGGUUUUACAGUACAGUACUAUUCACUCAAAAGGUUGUUUGGGAACUGCUGUAAACCGGUAAAUGCAAAAAUAUGUGGAUGCUUAAGCCUACAUUUUCUGUGGGUUAAUUUUCUGUUCUUCGAGUGAUUCUAAAUGUUUUAUGACAUAGUUCAGAAAGAGCAUUAACAUUUAAAAACAAUUUUGAUGCUCUUUCCAAGCCAUCAUUAAGCUGGCAUUCCUCACCUUUUAAAAAGUGUGGAAAACCAGCUAAAUAAUGACAAAAAGAGAAUUUCAUAAACAAUGAUAUUUCAACAAACAAUAGUUGAAAUAUCUUUGUUUAUAAAACAUGACUUUCUGAUAUAUUUGUACAUACAUGUAAAUUGAAUUUCAUUCGUAAAGUUAUUCAAUUUUGAAUUGUAAAUAAAUACAUUUUCAUAAAUUUAA